GUUAGGUGUUUUCUCUGUCGAGUUUGUUAGCGUUACUCAUGUCUUUCCAUCACUUCUACACUACUCUCUUUACCAUCAGUCCCAGCAUUAAGUGCAGGGUAUACCUUCACUAAAGAUAAUACACCCAGAAACACUGGGUCACAUGUCUCUCACCUAGAUAGAUACACAUCCUCUCUUUCUCUCUCUCUCUCUCUCUCUCUCUCUCUCUCUCUCUCCAUUUCAUAAUCUUAUUUCAGUAUUAUUACAUAUAGUGAAGUGAAGGCCUCUUUCCCUAUUUGUUGUUGAUGUUCAUUUGGGUUGCUAGAGACACAAGCCCCCUCUUUCUGUGUUAUUUUUUGUCCUUCCUCUCUAUCUAAACUGUUUUAUUCUGGCCCGGCCAGUUAGCGCUUGCCCUCACCCACAGGAAGAAAGGCUGGGCUACUCUGUGUCUCAACAAAUGGGGAUCUUAAACCACAUGCUGCUGUAUUGGCACGCUUUUAUUGCCUGUAGUCUUUUGGAGGGAUUUUGCUGGCUCGGUCUUGAAGGUAUAAAUGGACUGAUGAAGGUAGUGAUCUUUGCAAUGCAAGAAAUAAGAUGGCUUCUAACCCUAACCAAGCAAUCCCAUAUCUCAGUUAUUCAAAAUUCAUCCCUGUUAAAGAUUACAGAUUGAGAAUUGGCAAAUAUCUCAAUGUUUUAAUGAGAUCAUUGUAAAUAACUUUUUGGAGGCAGCAUUGCUGUGAUUUGUAAGUUCAAGUGGGCCUUUGUGAGAUUAAACGGAGAGCUGUCCUCUCAUUGGUUAGAAUCCCUCUUAUUUGGUGCCUUAUGGGGGCGAAGUGGGGAAGAGUACGAGGGUGCUGGCGGCUCCCCACCAGCUCCGCCGCUCCUAAACCCCCGCGCGCUCGCUCAGGGCCUGUGGAGUGCGCGCGCUCUGAACUGUCUGUCUGACCCAACAGCUAAGCCAACAGAUGCUCUUCGAGGGCUUCACAGUGUAGCUAAGUGGUCGCCCCAUUUUGUUACUCCCUCAUUUUCGCCCACAAGUCUAGUAUCAUAGUUAUAACCGUGUUUGGGAGGGUUUAAGUUUUUUGAACACUGUGCAUUCGCCCCGGGCUGUGCCAGGCAGACAGAUCUCUUUCUGCGCUCCACCGCACGCGUCAGACAUACACCUUGUUAGAGAGAGAGAAAUAUACGUGCGCAACACAAGCGAUGACCUCUUUAUUUCAGAGCUGUGGAGGCUUCUAGAUGAUUAUGAAAUCAUUAAACCCCAGACUUUUUCCUUUAUCUCCAAUGGCCAGGAGUCAAGAAUUCAGGACAGGAAAAGACUAUUAAACCAUGUAAACAAAGAAUACAAUCAAGGAAUCGCUGAUUAUAUUUUUUGACCUUUUGUAUGUUAUGGUUAUUAAUAACAAUCCAGUUAUAUGUUAUCAGUUCAUUUGGGUAAGAUCAAGCCAGUUUGCCUCCCUCCUUUAUAUCUGUAUUUUAAAAUGUGACUGGUUAAUUAAAAACGGCAAAAUCUGUCUGUAAAUCAUAAAGCCUUUCUUCACUCUCGACCCCUUUAUGAGCAAUACUCUUGUCUCCAAAUAUGUAAAAUCCUACGUGUUGCAUGGGUUUAAACUAAUUUAGGUCAUUUGAUAAAGCUUUCUUUUUACUUGUUCCUUUUUUUUUGGGUUUUGUUUUGAUGCAAUGCAAGUUUUGAUAUCCAUAUGAAAUGUCUUGAUUGCAAACUUUUACUAACGCUCUUGUUUUUCUUAUUUUGUCUCUUUUGGUUUUUCCACCACUGAUAUUGUUAUUUAGAAGGUUUCAGGUGGGUGACACUAUUCCUGCGUAGGUGCGGUCCGGUGGACAGGAACGCUAGGGCAGCGUCAGUCUUCUCCUCUUCUUCCAGCUGCGGCCACCCCCCUCAAAGUCCAAAAAUAUGGCUUGUUACCUGAAAGCAAUUGAGACUCAGCCGAACUUCGCCGUGGCUUGGAGUAACCUGGGCUGUGUGUUCAACGCUCAGGGAGAGAUCUGGCUGGCCAUACAUCAUUUUGAAAAGGCUGUGACACUGGAUCCAAACUUUCUGGAUGCUUACAUUAACUUGGGUAAUGUUCUGAAAGAGGCUCGAAUCUUUGACAGAGCUGUUGCCGGCUAUCUCCGUGCCCUCAGUCUGAGCCCUAACCAUGCUGUUGUGCAUGGGAACUUGGCCUGCGUGUACUAUGAGCAAGGUUUGAUUGAUUUGGCCAUCGACACCUACCGCCGUGCCAUUGAGCUGCAGCCGCACUUUCCUGAUGCUUACUGCAAUCUCGCCAAUGCCCUGAAGGAGAAGGGCAAUGUAAGAACCUCUUUUCCUCAGAAGGGUCAGUUUCAGAUUUGUGUCUUACGUCAGGUUUCUGAAGCUGAAGAAUGCUACAACACAGCCCUGCGUCUGUGUCCGACCCACGCCGAUUCACUUAACAAUCUGGCCAACAUCAAGCGUGAGCAGGGAAACAUUGAGGAGGCUGUGCAGCUUUACAGGAAAGCCCUGGAGGUGUUCCCAGAAUUCGCUGCUGCCCAUUCGAACCUCGCCAGUGUCUUGCAACAGCAAGGGAAACUCCAGGAAGCUCUCAUGCAUUAUAAGGAGGCCAUCAGAAUUAGCCCCACAUUUGCUGAUGCAUAUUCCAAUAUGGGCAACACUCUUAAAGAGAUGCAGGAUGUUCAAGGCGCCCUGCAGUGUUACACCCGCGCCAUUCAGAUCAAUCCUGCUUUUGCAGAUGCUCACAGUAACUUGGCUUCCAUUCACAAGGAUUCUGGAAACAUUCCCGAAGCGAUUGCAUCUUACCGCACCGCAUUGAAGUUGAAACCUGACUUCCCCGAUGCUUACUGUAACCUGGCUCACUGUCUACAGAUUGUGUGUGACUGGACUGACUAUGACGAGCGUAUGAAGAAGCUUGUGACCAUUGUGGCCGAUCAGCUGGAGAAGAACCGCCUGCCGUCUGUGCACCCGCAUCACAGCAUGCUGUACCCCCUUUCUCACAAUUUCCGCAAGGCAAUUGCAGAGAGACACGGCAACCUCUGUCUGGAUAAGAUCAAUGCUCUACAUAAACCUCCCUAUGAGUAUCCUAAAGACCUGAAGGCCAGUGCGGGUCGUAUCCGAGUGGGCUACGUUAGUUCAGAUUUUGGAAAUCAUCCCACUUCCCACCUGAUGCAGUCUAUCCCUGGCAUGCACAACAAUGAGAAGUUUGAGGUCUUCUGUUACGCUCUCAGCCCUGAUGACAGUACCAACUUCAGAGUCAAAGUUAUGGCGGAGACUCAUCACUUCAUCGACCUCUCACAGAUUCCCUGCAAUGGAAAAGCAGCUGACAGGAUACACCAAGAUGGAGUCCACAUCCUGGUCAACAUGAAUGGUUAUACUAAGGGAGCACGCAAUGAGCUGUUUGCACUGCGCCCAGCACCCAUACAGGCUAUGUGGCUCGGCUACCCUGGAACCAGCGGAGCUCCGUUCAUGGACUACAUCAUCAGCGAUAAGGAGACGUCUCCUAUUGAGGUCGCUGAGCAGUACUCUGAGAAACUGGCCUACAUGCCUAACACUUUCUUCAUUGGAGAUCACGCUAACAUGUUCCCUCAUCUCAAGAAAAAGGCGGUAAUUGACUUCAAGUCCAAUGGACACAUUUUUGACAAUCGUAUUGUGCUGAAUGGCAUUGAUCUGAAAGCCUUCCUGGAAAGUCUGCCAGAUGUCAAAGUUGUUAAGAUGGAGUGUGAUGGCCAGGAGGUGCCUGAUAGUAACGGUACCCUCUCCAUGCCCGUCAUCCCUAUGAACACAGCUGCUGAGGCCAUCAUUAACAUGAUCAACCAAGGCCAGAUCCAAGUGACCAUCAACGGCUUUACUGUCAGCAAUGGCCUAGCCACAACUCAGAUUUUUACAGCGGAGGAGGUUGUAGUAUCUGGGACUGUAGCAUUGCAGAUUAACAACAAGGCAGCAACCGGAGAGGAGGUUCCCAGAACAAUCGUGGUGACUACCCGCUCACAGUACGGCCUACCUGAAGACUCCAUUGUUUAUUGCAACUUUAACCAGCUCUAUAAGAUUGACCCUCCCACUCUGCAGAUGUGGGCCAAUAUCCUGAAGCGUGUGCCCAACAGUGUGCUGUGGCUCCUGCGUUUCCCAGCGGUUGGUGAGCCCAACAUCCAGCAGUACGCUCAGAAUCUGGGUCUGCCUGCCUCUCGCAUCAUCUUCUCUCCUGUGGCACCCAAAGAGGAGCAUGUGAGGCGUGGACAGUUAGCGGAUGUUUGUCUGGACACCCCACUCUGUAACGGACACACAACAGGCAUGGAUGUGCUGUGGGCCGGUACCCCAAUGGUCACCAUGCCAGGAGAGACACUGGCGUCUCGUGUCGCGGCCUCUCAGCUGACCUGUCUUGGCUGUCCUGAACUCAUCGCUCCGAGUCGUCAGGAGUAUGAAGAUGUUGCCGUCAAACUCGGCACAGAUAUGGAAUACCUGAAGAAAAUCCGCUCGCGUGUGUGGAAGCAACGGAUCUGCAGUCCACUCUUCAACACCAAACAGUACACCAUUGAACUGGAGAGGCUCUACCUGCAGAUGUGGGAGCACUAUGCAGCCGGAGGCAAACCUGAUCAUCUAGUCAAAGUGCAUUCUCUGGAGACCAGUGAGAGCACCUAAGCCCAGCGCACCGAUGCAUGCCCCUCCCUCCUUUUACUGAUCAGCCUCGCCCUCUUAUCCAUGUCCUUCAGUAUGUGUCAGAGACUCUUAAAGAGCCUACGUGUGAGCACCAUCACUUUGAUCACAGCCAACUUUAGUUUUCAUGAGCCAGAGUGGACAGCACUGAUGCUCCGCCCCCUGGCCAUCAUACCUUGAAUAAAUUCAUGUUGGUUGACUCUUAACACUUUUUUCUGCUUCUGUAUGGAGUCCUGGUUCUGUCAUUUUGCAGUGAUCUUUCUGAAAAGGUGGAUGAUCAACGAGAGAGACGGUAUUUGAACUGAGGAUUGAAAUGGGCUUUAACACAGAGAUGUGAUCUUGUUUUUUUAGUUAGGUGAUGUGCUCCUUGACCUAUUUUAGCUUUCUCAUCAUGAUCUAGUUGAGUGAUGGAUCCGUAUCAUUUUCCCACUACUGAAUGCCAACGUUUUCCAUAAUCUAUCGACAGAAAGUUAUUUAUCUCUUUUAUUGAAAACACGCUAUGAGAACAAACUGGAGUGUCAGAUUACACAGAGCAUUGACUUGACUUUAUUUGGGUUUUCUUUUCUUAUGAUUUUUACUUGGAAAGGUCUAGGUAAGUAUGUUGUUUUGGUUUUGUACACUGUCUUCCUUAAUAAUCAGUUUUAUUUAUGCUUUGUGCAAGGCUCUUUACAUAAACUGAAAUAAAGCGAUGUGGCAAACCUUCAA